AUGGCAGUACAGGAAAUGACUCAGGUCGCAACGCCAGUCCAUUACACCGGCAUAUCGGUUCCGCAGCGCCGUUUGCUGGUACUCAUUCUCAAUGUUGUUACGACAGCUCCGUUACUUUGGGCGUAUUUCAAUAGUUGCACUCAACAACCAAGGGCCGGCCUUCUCGACAUUCUCAUUCUAAUCUGUGCUACAAUCUGUGUUCCAUGGCCAGUCUUCACGUUCUGGAACACGUUGAUCGGACUCUGCAUCGUUGCCUUUGGCAAAGCCAGCAAGUCCAUCUACCCCUACUUCGAAGCCGGUGGCCCCGUUCCAGAACUUACUUCUAGGACUGCUUUGACCAUCUUCAUGCGAAAUGAAGACCCGGAGCCAGUUUUCAACCAUCUUCGGGCCAUGCACGAAAGCCUGCGCCGGGUCAACCGUCUUCAACAUUUCCGUUUUGUCGUUCUUAGCGACACCACCGUUCCAGAUGUUGCGCAAAAGGAAGAAGAGGGUUUCUCUCGCAUUCGACAAAGUCUCGGGAUGGGUAUGUUUAGCGACCCAGUUUAUCGCCGUCGAGAGAAGAACGUCGGUUUCAAAGCGGGAAAUAUCAAGGACUAUCUGGACAAACACUCGGAAGGAGACGAAUUCUUUGUCCCGCUCGACUCCGAUAGCGCCAUGAGCGGAGACCUUCUCAGUCGUAUGGUCUUCAGUAUGGAGAAGCAGCCCCAGAUCGGCCUGUUGCAAACCUUGGUCGUGGGCAUGCCGGCUGUUAGUGGUUUUACUCGCAUAUACCAAUUCGGACUCCGUCAUAGCCUGCAUGCAUACAAUACGGGAUUCAGCUGGUGGGCUGCCGACUGCACGCUGUAUUGGGGCCACAAUGCCAUCAUCCGCAAAAAGGCAUUUCAUGAGAACUGCAUGUUGCCAAAAUUGCCGGGAGGGCCACCACUGGGCGGCUACAUUCUAAGUCACGACCUCAUGGAGGCCAUGUUUAUGCGUCGGGCUGGCUACGAAGUCAGGCUCCUUCCCAUCGAGACCGAAAGCUACGAAACCAAUCCGCCAACCCUCCUUCUUCUAUAUCCGGCGGGAAUUGCGCUGGUGCCAAGGCACAAUGCAGUACUGGUUUCUGUGGAAUGA